AGGCUCACGAUGUCCUCAGCAACUGCCAGCACCUCUUUGCCCAGCGGCCUGAGGGUCCUGCUGACCUUCCCAGAUGUGCUCUUCAUCCCUGAGCUGGUCUUUGGGGGCCUUGUCUGGAUCCUGGUGGCCUCCUCGAGGGUGCAGUCAGCCAUGCUGCAAGGCUGGGUGAUGUUUGUCUCCGUCUUCUGCUUCGUCAUGACCAGCAUCCUCCUGUGCCUCUACGUCGCUGCUGUGCACGGAGGCAGCAGCUCCUGGGUUACCUUGGAUGCCAUCUGCCAGUCGACUGCAGCUCUGUUCUACCUCAGUGCUGCUGUGCUGGAAGCCUUCUUCACCUACAGCAUUGCACCUGCAGCCAGCAUACCUGCCUACCUGCUCAUCUACCAGGAGAACAUUGCUGCUGUGGUGUUUGCCUUCGUGGCCACCCUGAUCUACGUCAUCCAUCAGGUGUGGUCCCUCCGGCGAUGGAAGUCCUCCUAA